AAUCUACUUAGUACAAGUAGGGUCGUCACGUCAUCACAGUUGCGCCAGUCUGAAUGUACAACGUGUGUAACAGGACCUUCACUAUGUGGAUGAAGAUAUUCCUCCUCGCUCUCCUUAUCGGCAGUGCCCUUUCGCUGACCUGCCUGCCGUGCGGUAUGCUGACCUGCGUGGAACCACAGGGCUGUCUGCAGGGCACCGUCUCUGACGUGUGCGGCUGUUGCCGGCGGUGUGCAAAGGUUGAAGGAGAGACCUGUGGAGGGUUAUGGAACAUGGAUGGUCGCUGUGCCGUUGGUUUGUUCUGUGGGGGGUGGGAAAUCCACGACGGAGAGGAGCAAGUGGUACCGAUAAUGUUCGGAAUGACUGGCGUCUGCUUUCCUGUAGCGUAAAACACCAGAAGGGCCAUGCACUGCUAUGCUUACAAGAGGCGUGCACCGUGAU